AGAAAAAAGAAAAAAAGAAGUUAGAACCCUAAACCCCGAGUCGCCUCCUGUUUUCCCUCGCUCCACACUGCAUCAGCUGCAUACAGAGAGAGAGAGGGAAUGAAACUUCAGAGUCUCUGAGAUCGAAAUCAAACCCUAAAACCCAACCGAAGCUCCCCAUUUUCUGCAUCUCCAUCCGAGCAAUCGCUGCGAUUGGCCUCAACCAUGUCGGCUUUAUCCAGAGGUCUCGUUUCUCGUUUCCGUCUUCUCUCCAUCAAUUCCGGCGCCUCUUCUACAAUUUCCCCUUCUUCUUCGCGAACGCAUCCCUCUUGUUACUACUUCUUCCGUUCUUUCAGCUCCGAGGAUUUGAUCCAGGCCGGCGACGUCUCCUCGCCUUCUUCUCCGAUCAUUGAAGCUAAGCCCGGUGUCAUGGCCCCUAACUCGAAGCGGACGGGCGUCAUUGCCGUCAAGUGUGGAAUGUCGGCGCUGUGGGAUAAAUGGGGAGCUAGGAUACCCAUCACCGUGCUCUGGGUUGAUGAUAAUAUUGUGUCUCAGGUCAAGACAAUCGAGAAAGAAGGUAUCACAGCCCUCCAGAUUGGCUGUGGACAGAAGAAGGCGAAGCAUUUGACAAAACCGGAAUUAGGACAUUUUAGGGCUCAAGGUGUUCCAUUGAAGAGGAAACUGAGGGAGUUUCCAGUGUCAGCAGAUGCACUUCUUCCAGUUGGUACAACAAUUGGUGUUCGUCAUUUUGUCCCUGGACAGUAUGUUGAUGUGACUGGAAUCACAAGAGGGAAAGGUUUUCAGGGAGUGAUGAAAAGGCAUGGAUUUAAAGGAAUGCCAGCAUCCCAUGGAGCAUCAUUAUCCCAUAGAAGCCCUGGUUCUACGGGUCAGAGGGAUGCUCCUGGAAAGGUCUUUAAAGGUAAAAAAAUGCCUGGACGCAUGGGUGGGAAGCAGAGAACUGUGAAAAAUGUGUGGGUCUACAAAAUUGACCCCGCAAGAAACUUGAUAUGGGUGAAAGGCCAAGUCCCCGGUGCCGAAGGAAACUUUGUAUUUAUAAAAGACGCAUUCUACAAGAAACCCGAUAAGUCGAUCCUUCCGUUUCCCACCUACUUCGCAACUGAAGACGAGGACUCCGAGAAGUUGGAACCUCUUGUUGCUGAUCUUGGAGAAGUAGAUCCAUUUAUGGUUGGAGAUUGAUUAGGAGUUGCCUUUUCAGCGCAAGUAGUGGAUUUUGGUCUGCUUUUGGUUUUUUAUUUUCAACUUCUGAUAGUGUAUGCAGGCGUGCUUAUUGAUGGCCCUGAUGAGUAGUCAAUUUCAUUAUAGAAAUGCAGCUGGAGGAUCUGUACGAGGAAAUCCAACCUCUUAAUGCGACGGUAAUUUACCAAUUUUUUUUCCCCUUUUCCCCCUUUUUCCUAUUUGUUUAUUUACAACCGCCAUCUCAAACAUGUACCUGAAAUAGCCCUUUUGAAAUAAAGAGUAGAGAAGAGGGAGGCUAUAAAUAUUGAGAAUUUUUGUUGAGUGGUUUUAACUUUUUAUCCUUUUUGUUUAUGUGAACUUGGAAAAUAGAUUGUUUAUGGCUGCCAUAGUUAGUAAUAUCUUAACUACCCGAGCGGUAUCUCUUAUGGGUUGGAAGUUCAAA